AUGGGCCGGGCUACCGACCAGGACGUGCAUAGUGCCUUUGUGGAGUAUAGAGCGAGUCCCGAUGACAAGUGCUUGUCAGUGCAGUGCAUCUACUGUCAUCAGAUCCGCGCAAAGAACACAUCAAGACAGAAACAACAUCUGCUAGAAUGUCUCGGACUGCGCAACCAUCCCUCUUCUCAGGUGAACCAGAGUCCGUCCCAACCACCGCCGCCUCGACCUGAAUCAUCGUCCUCUGACGUUGCUGGAUAUGGCCCGGCUUUCUCUAUCAAUGGCGCUGCAAAUGCGCUCGACGGGGCUACUGCUGCCCUGAAUGGCACACCGAUGCAGGGUAGACAGUCCUUGCCGCCUACACUGAAUGGCUCUGAAACACCAAUUCGUGGACAAUCAGCUAAGCCAAAGCCAACGCCCAAGCUGACACCAGGAGGUAGUAAUAUACCUGCACCUCCACUUGAGGACGUUCAUAGUGCAUUUGUUGAGUUCCGAGCUAACGAGUCCGACAAAUGCCUCUCGGUACAAUGUAUAUACUGCAACCAGAUUAGGGCUAAGAACACUUCUCGCCAACGCCAGCACCUUCUCGAGUGUCCAACCUACCUCAAUGUCAUGAAAGACUCGAUACCAGCGAACAAUCUUCUUCAUCGCUUUGACGAAGGAGAGGUUGCACGCUCUCUUUCUCUCCCACAGCCCGCUCUCGACCUAGAUUUCCGCAUGAGUGUCAAGCUGAAUCCAAAAGUAGCGAUUGGGUCAAGCACAGGCACGAACAGUGGUCAGAGAAACUGGAUAUCCUUCAUUGGAGGCCAGUGGGCUGGUCGAUGGGGUAAAGGCAUUGUUAUUCCUGGCGGUCAAGAUGCGCAGAUCACCUACAAGGACUUCACUACCAGUUUGAACGCUCAAUACCUAAUCCAGACUAGCGACGACCCACCUGCAUUCAUCUUGGUCAAAUACAAAGGAUGGCUGGCUGGGCCGAGAGAUGUGCUGGAGAAAGUGCACACUGAUCCUGAAGAGGCAGACACCGUGCCGGCGAACCAGUACAAGUUUCGUGUGAACAUUGAGCUAGAGACUGGCGACGAAAGAUAUGCAUUCUUGACCAAUGGUAUGUGGCUGGGAAGCGGGAGUCGAAGGGCACAAGAGAUUGUCAUUGACGCAUAUCGCGUUGGCUAG